GCGCCGGCAGCCCCGUAACCGCCAGGGCCACAGGAAUCUGCUCAUGUUCCCUGGAAUUUGGACAUUUUUUGUUGCACCCAUUUCGGCUUGCUUUCCAGAUUGUCACUCAAGCGCGGGGCACGCCCCCUCCAGGAGGCUAUUUAAAGAGGAGCUGGUGUGCAACUUUCUCCAAAGAGAGAGGAGAAAUUCCGAAGGAGAAGGAGUGAGUCAGUCGGCAGCCUGAAACCCCUCCCUUCCCUUUACUUAGGAUGUCUGGCAACUUGGGGACAGUGACCUGGACCCUGUUCCUCCUCCUCCCUGCGCCUGGCUGGGUAGAACCGCAGGCCUGCACGUAUCCAUGCCAGUGUCCCUCCCAGCCUCUGCAGUGCCCCGCUGGCACCAGCCAUGUGUUGGAUGCCUGUGGUUGCUGCAAGGUGUGUGCCAGGCAGCUUGGCGAGCUCUGUUCCCUGCAGAAACCCUGUGAUCAUCACAAGGGACUCUACUGCGACUUCUCCAAAAUCCACAGAGGCAGCGGGAUCUGCUUAGCUCACGAGGGCGCAACUUGUGACCUGCUGGGCAAGAUCUACCACAACGGGGAGAGCUUCCAGCCCACCUGCAAGCUGCAGUGCAUCUGCAUGGACGGGGCCAUCGGCUGCAUCCCCCUCUGCUCCGACGACCUGCGGCUCCCGUCCCCCGAGUGCCCCAACCCCCGGCGGGUGAAAUUUCGCAAUAAGUGCUGUGAAGAGUGGAUCUGUGAGGAGGGCAGCGAGGAGAACCGCUUCGAAACAGCCAUGGCAGUUUUCAGGGAGGAUCCAGCACACAAACCGGAGCUGAAUAACCUGCAGGAGAACUGCCUGGUGCAGACCACCGAGUGGAGCGCGUGCUCCAAGAGCUGCGGCAUGGGCAUCUCUGCCCGAGUGACCAACGACAACCCCCAGUGCCGCCUGGAGAAGGAGACCCGGCUCUGCAUGGUCCGGCCCUGCGACUUCCCCGUGGAGAAAACCAAGAAGGGGAAGAAGUGUGUGCGGACCCCAAAGCCACGCCAGAGCCUCCACUUUGAGUUUUCGGGCUGCACCAGCACCCGUUCCUACCGGCCCAAGUUCUGCGGCAGCUGCACGGACGGCCGGUGCUGCACCCCCUACGUCACCAGCACCGUGGAGGUGGAGUUCCGCUGCCCCGAGGGGGACUUCUUCCAGCGGAAGAUGAUGUUCAUCAAGAUGUGCUCCUGCCAUUACGACUGCCCCCGAGACAACGACAUCUUCCUGGCCACGUAUCACAGGAGGAUGAUUGGAGACCAUGUCAAGACAGAGAGGCAGUAGCCCUCUCCGUGCCAGAUCCAAAGGCCAAGGUGUCAAGAGGGCUCUGCAGCGCUUUCGUGGCUGCGUCCUGGGACAAUGCAGCCUCUUCCCCCUCUGUGAGGGGCUGUGCUCUUCAGAACAGCACCAUUUGCCAUCAGCGGGCCCAGUGGCUUUCCUAACACGCCGAGGUGCGUGGGGGAACAGCUCCCUCUGCCCCAGGCUCUGACUUUCACCCGUGGUGGUGCGAAGGUCAGUGAAGGAACCAGAAACAGGCUUGAGCUGCAAACUUGAUCCAUGUUCCUGCUGAGCAGGUGGGAGAGUGGAUCAAAGCCACAUGGCUCCAGCCUGUCUCCAGCUGAGAGCACAGCGGGUACAACUCCCCGUGGCCACUGGCCUGCCAAAGCCAUGGGACAGGGCAAGCCCAAGAGCCCUGAGCUUAAGCCGAGCUCUGGAACCUGCUUUCCAGCAGAGCAAGGCUCUGCUGCAUGUUGAUGCAAAGCUUCUUGGUGAGGAAAGUGGUCCUGGCUCCGUGCUGGGCUCCUGCUGUGUUUUAAAAUUAUUUUUGGCUAAUUGGAUCCAACAAGUUGGCAAAAGCUCUUCCCCAUCCUUGUGCCCACCUUUCACCCUCCCACAUGCUCUCCAGCCAGCAGCUCUGUUCUGGAUCUCUUUGCUCCUAGAGAGGCCAGAUCAUUUGCUGGGCGACCCCUUCUCCAGGCAGCUCAAGGCUGAGAUGUCUUUUUUUUUCCCCAUUAAAUUCUUUUUAGCUUGGGCUGCCAGUGAGGGUGCCAGCGAAGACAAGGAAACAGCGAGUUGUGUAGUGCCGCAGCAGGGGACGGAGCAUGGCUCAGGGCCCCCUCCAGAAGAUCUGAGCCCAGGAAGGAUUUUCUUCACAGAAGAAAGGAUUCGGCCAGGCUGUAGCUUUGCCCCUGGCACUGGUGGGGAAUGUCCCUGGGGCCUGUUUCAGACCCAAGGAGCUCUUCUGGCAUGAAAUGGGGCUGAGCCAGGCUGCGGGAGCCACUCCUGGCAGAUUUUGGUGCCAUGACAAGCACGUCCUGUUGUGCCUUUCGAUAAUCUCUUCAGAAACGGCUCUGGGGUGGGAGAGGGGCUGGACUCCUCCAGCUCACACAUCCACAGGGGGGCUUGCAGCUCCAUUUUGGCUCCAGAGUCUUUCCUGGUGGGUCAGAAGUUGGAGGAACACAGUUCAGCUCUGGUCUCCCGGGGUGAGUUUAAGGCACUGGCAAGAGAAAUGCCGGUAUUUGUAGAUAGAGCAGAUCCUGUCGGGGGUCCCCGGGGCAGCAGCACAGGGAGCUGCGUGGUGCUGGGCUCUGCAGCAGUGGGAUUCCCUUCUUGCCAAAUCUGCCCUUAAGGAUGAGCCGAGUGCUGGCCCAUAGCUCCGGGAGAAGCCACCAGCACAGGAGCCGUCCCGUGAGGCCCCAGCCCGGCCGCAGCAGCAGCUCCACAGUAUCUCUGAAAUCUCACUAGUUGUGCUGAUUUUUAGCAGAAACAUCCACGUGAAGGGCCUGAUCUCGUUCCUUUAAUCUUCCCUGCUUUUCACUACGGGAAAUCACGACGAGUUGCUGUCCCGGCGGGGCAGGAGCAGGGGCCACGCUGCAGCACCGAGGCUUUACCCCCCCACAUCUCCCAGCCCACAGCAGGACCUGGUGCUCGGGGCCUGUGGCUCCUCUCAGCCUUCUCUUUUCUUCCUCUCUCAGCCUGCGGAAGCUCGUGAGCCUUCAGCCUCCUGUAAUCAAUUUGAACUGUAAAUAAUUUAUCUGAUGUUGUUUCUUGUUUUUUUUAAAGGCCUCUGUACAGUUCUUGUAUCCUUUUAGCACAACCUUGCUUGGGGCCUUUUCUCCCCUUGCCCUCCAGGUCUGCUCUGAACUUUUCUCCUGCCUGUUUACACAGUUUCUGAGUGUAAAACUACGGUGAGGUUGCACUUUACUCAACGCUAAUAAAUAUCGCUUUA